CACCGAAAAGGAGUGACCUUCCGGCUGUCUGGGGGUUUUUGUGGGUGCGUGCAUCGUUUUUCACGAGACUCUCUGUGUGUGCCCUUGCGUUCUUGUCCUAUCGUUCACACAACUACUUUCGUCCGGCCGUAAAUCGCUAUCAAUCACACAGGCACAUCAGCUUCCCGAACGGAAGUGAACAUAGUUCGCUGUGGGAUUUAACAUCGCUCGCCAGUCGCUCCGGUGAUUGCAACACUUUCGGCCUAUCCCACCAGAACCGUGCAGGAACCAGCGUGCACUGCUCAUUCUGGGCGGUUGCCCGAGUGCAUGGGUUAAACUGGCACUGGAAUAGAAGCAGCUGUCUCCCGCGCAACAGGAACACCGCCGCGAAGUGUUUGUGCCGUCGGUUGCAUCCCUUGGCAAAUAGCGCAUCAUCAUCAUCAUCGGUGUUGCUUUGCGUUGGCGCAUUAUCAUCACUGAAACAAACCUGUCGUCCUUGCGGUCUUCAGUGUAGUGUGUUUGCCUGCUAAAGUGGAAGGGUUGGUGCAGCUAAAACCUCAAAAAUCCCGGGCCCGGGAUUCCCGAUGCCUUGCUACAGUUCCGAUAAAUCUCCAAUAGUCUGGGUGCUAAAUUCCGCUUCGCAGGCUUAACAAGCGUCCGUAAUUCGCGACAAGUAGUGCCGAGGUAGUGAAAAUGCCAAACAUCUUGUAGACAGUAGUCGUGGGGCGUUAGAAAAAAAUAACCCCGAGAUUGAUGACAUAAACCAUUGCCAGCAAACCUACCAGCAUCGAAUCGUUGCGUGUGUUCUUAUCUUUUCUCGGUCAGUCGUUUGAUGUGAUUACUUUGAUUUAGAUUUAAGUAAAUGCGGAUUUGCGAUCCACGUCGAUAGUGAAGCGAGCCAGAACCAGUGCCAGAGUCUGGUGAAUGUGUUUAUGUGUGUGUUUGUGUGUUCCAUGUUCCAAAGUGCUCCUAGUACUGGCUAGUAAUCUACGUCUCCUGCGACAGUAAUCGACCUGUGUUGUCCACUGCUAGAACAACAAAAAUCGCAUCCCCCAGGAAGUAGGUCAUCGACCGCAUCCGGCUGCGAAGAAAAUACCAGGUCCGACCUUCUAAGGGGACAGCGCGCACUCAGCUGUCCGCGAAAGGAACUUGCAAAUCCAGUGGCAAAUCCCGGCAAGGAUAACCCCAUCGGCAGCGAUAUCAACUAGCGCGCCUCCCCGGGUCGAAGGACACACCGGCCCUCUCGGUACCGUUCAUCGUUCCCGUUUAACGCCUCAAAGCUGGAGAAUGCCGCUAGCCAACUCGAUCGACCCAUGGAGAGAGAAAGUCCCAAUCACUAUCGUCGAUAUCGAGCGCACGGAGUGUCUAACUCGAUUUCAGGGCUCCGGAUAGUUUCUUUAUCGUCUCAGGAAAAUGUAGAGAUGGUAAUCGACGAUAGCUAUGAUCCGCAGCAGCCACACCCACCACAUGACCAUCGCCAUGCCCAGCAUCAGGAUCACCAGCAGCAGCCACACCAUCAGACGGUGCUAGCACAUCCACAUCAAUACCAUCCACAUCAUCACCAUCCUCAGUACAGCCGACAGCAGCAGCAGCAGCAGCAGCAACAACAGCACCCUCCGGUUCCGGUCGCAGGAAUGGUUGCCUAUCACCCGCAGCAUCCGGCAGGCGAUCAGCCUGAACCGAUGUUGGAUGGCGCUGCGGACGGCAACUACCGCUACCAACGCCGCGACUCUCCCGAGGCAGGGUUGGUGGUUGGGGCCGAAGAAGGAAUGGACCUGGACAUGACGGGCGGUAUGGAUGGUGUCGGUGACAUGUCGCAGCUGAGAGGCGAUGCCACGUACGCCGGCACGGGAGAAAGCGGUGGCAACGGUGGUGACGAGCACGAGAUCGACAUCAGGGACAUUAUACGGGAGGGGCACGAGAAAGCCGAUCCGUCACAGUUCGAGCUGCUGAAGGUGCUCGGAGAAGGAUCGUUCGGCAAGGUGUUCCUGGUGCGGAAGAUUGUCGGCAUCGAUGCUGGCACGCUGUAUGCUAUGAAAGUAUUAAAGAAGGCAACGCUGAAGGUGAAGGAUCGCGUGCGGAGUACGAACGAGCGAAACAUCCUGGCCGACGUUGGGCAUGCAUUUAUCGUUAAGCUACACUAUGCCUUCCAGACGCCCGGCAAGCUGUACCUUAUACUGGACUUCUUACGCGGCGGUGACUUAUUUACGCGCUUGAGCAAGGAGGUGAUGUUUACCGAGGAGGAUGUCAAGUUUUACUUGGCCGAGCUGGCGCUGGCACUGAACCAUCUGCACAGCAUCGGCAUCAUUUAUCGCGAUCUUAAGCCGGAAAACAUUCUUCUCGAUCAGGAUGGUCAUAUAGCUUUAACGGAUUUUGGACUAUCGAAACAGCCGCUGGAUGGUUCGAAAACGUACAGCUUCUGUGGCACGGUAGAGUACAUGGCACCGGAGGUAGUCAACCGAAAAGGGCACACAUUUGCUGCGGAUUGGUGGUCGUUCGGUGUGCUGAUGUUUGAGAUGCUGACGGGCAAUUUACCAUUCCACGGUAGCAACCGCAACGACACGAUGAAUCAAAUCCUCAAAACCAAGCUCGGUAUGCCGGAAAACUUGAGUCCGGAAGCGCAAAGUUUGCUGCGCGCCCUAUUCAAACGCAACCCACAGAACCGGCUUGGAGCGGGCCCGAACGGCAUCGACGACAUCAAGCGACACGAAUUCUUUGCCAACGUAGACUGGGACGCGUUUGAGCGGAAGGAAGUACGGCCACCGUUCAUACCGGCCGUGUCGCGGGACGAUGCUUUCUACUUUGAUCCCGAGUAUACGAACAAAUCGCCCAAAGACUCGCCGGGCGGGCCUGUCAGUGCAAGCGCGUACGAGAUCUUCCGUGGUUUCAGCUUCAUUGCACCGGGGCUGCUAGACGAUCAGCCAAACUUUGCCAACGGGAGCAACAUGGUGAUGCAGCAGCAGCCCGCCUCUCGCUCACCGUUUUCAAACGAAAUUCCCGGCGUCAAACCGAUUGCGUUUGGUGAUGAGUACAGCCUUAUGCAGGAGCUGGGCCGAGGCACGUUCUCAAUCUGCCGAAUGUGUGAACAUCGCACAACGAAGAAGCACUACGCAGCUAAGAUAAUUGACAAAUCCUACCACGAUUGUCGGGAAGAGGUGGAGAUUCUGCUGCGGUACGGCAAUCACCCGAACAUCGUGACGUUGUACGGUGUGCACGAAGACGCAAGCUAUGUGUACCUGGUGAUGGAACUGCUGAAGGGCGGCGAGCUGUUGGAUCGUAUUCUGGCGAUACACUUUAUGCCCGAACAGGAAGCGAGUGCCGUGCUGCGAACGGUCGUAUCGGCCGUCGCCUACCUGCACGAGCACGGUGUCGUCCACCGGGAUCUGAAGCCAUCGAAUUUGCUGUACGCGUCGUGCAACCAUACGCCCGAAUCGUUGAAGCUGUGCGAUCUCGGUUUCGCCAAGCAGCUCCGGGCCGACAAUGGACUGUUGAUGACGCCGUGCUAUACGGCCAACUUUGUCGCGCCCGAGGUGCUGAAGAAGCAGGGUUACGAUCUGGCCUGCGAUAUCUGGUCGCUGGGCGUGUUGCUGUACAUUAUGCUCGACGGGAAGACACCGUUCGCCAGCACACCGAACGACUCGCCGGACAUGAUUCUAGCGCGCAUCGGAUCCGGCAAAGUGGAUCUGGAAACGGGCAAAUGGCCCACGAUAGCGCACGAGGUGAAGGAUCUGUUACGGCAGAUGCUACACAUCGUACCUUCCCGGCGUCCAACGGCAGCCCAAAUCCUGCGACAUCCUUGGCUGUCACGCAGCGGACCACGCCUGAUGUACAGUACGGUGGGCACCCAGCACGCGCCCACCGAACGGCCGAUGGUCGGUGUGGAAACGCAAGAGCUAAAACCAACCAACGUGAACACUGAAGCCAUCAAGGGAGCGGUUCAUGCGACGUUCCGUGCGAUAUCCUCACCGCAGGCAGCUAAUCUGGGCCCGGUCGGAAUGUCCGAUCUUGCGCGUAGAAGAAUGGAUAAGAUGAAUCAUUCGUAAUAGAGGGGUUUCACUUCACAUAAGCUAUGCCACCGUAUCCGGAUGAUGGAUGGUCACUUUUGUUAUCAAGAAUAGUUCAUUUGAAUAUCUGUUAUGUUUUGUUUGAAGUUUUUUUUCGUUUCUAACGCGUUAGUGAUAAGCUAAAGGUGACGAUUUAGUACUAAUUGUAUCUCUACAUCAACCAGUGCCAGUGACAUUUGUGCCAGAGAGGAAUAGUGUUGCUAGCUGUGCUUGCAAGAACCCCUUAACUUUACAGCACUAAGCCAUUAAUGCGUAGGAAGCACCUUGCAAAAGCAUUCAUUUCGAGAACGGCAAAUUUUCGGUUUCGGUCAUUUUAAAUGGUAGAUUGCACCCCGGGGUAGGAAGAAAGAUCAUUGAAGGAUAAGAAAACGUAAAAAGGAAGAGUUCGAACCGUUUAACACUUUUAUAAAGUGCAUAGAGCUAUAUUUAUUGAUGAUUUACUAUGCUCGUGCAAUGCGACUUUUCUCUAAUAUUGUGGUUUUUAUUUCAGUUAACUCUAUUAUUAUAAGUAACAUAAAAUCUUCGGCACAUAACAAACCUAACGCGACUUUUCUAUUGAUUUUACUGUAUGCAGGCAUUUUUGAUUAUUUCAAUUCAGCACUAUUAGCAAAUGAACAUGAUUGCCAAGACUCGUCAAACGAUACGUUCCGCGUGUUCCAAGGCACGCAAAUGAAAACCACAUGCCGAUGGGAGGGGGUGAGGUGGGGGGGGGGACAAAAUUGCUAGCAUCUUAGCACCUAGUAGCAUUCAUCAGGCGUAUAGUUCAAUUAGCGAAUCGUUUACACUACAAAAACCACUGAAAUGGGCUAGCAAAACGUGCGUGGCGGCAGGGUAUUAUAACUCACUAACAAUAAAUUGAUCUACGUUAGGAACACUAGUAAAAUCGACUAACAAUAAUAUAUACACACACACACAUACUGCAUACGCAUAUAUACAUACAUAUAUAAUAGAUAUAUACUUUAAAACAUAUACAAUCAUAUACAUAUAUUCGUAGUCGACGCGAUCGUAGCGGUCGCGGAAGAUAGAUAAGGCAGGAUGUGUGUGUGUGUGUCUUUUGCGGGUUAAAAACGAAGAACUAAUGCCCGUGAAGGACGAUGCGAGAUCAUAUUUACAUACUGUAUCGUGCCAUUGAAUGUGUGGGGAAGAUGGGUGGAAAUGGAAUUUAAGGUCAGCUGAGAGUAGUAUGAAGUAAUUAUUGUGAUAACCUACGAUACACGAAAAAGGGGGGGGAGAAGAAAUACUAAUAUUGGCAGGACACGGGCGCAGCCUUCAUAGUAGUGUAUGCUGGUCCUCUAUACAUAUAUAUUGAACCGAGCGAGCAGGGCGCCAGUAGAUCAGGCUCAAAUAGGUGACAUUGGUGAUGGAGCCGUUGUUUACCGCCCGAGAGGACAUCCAAAAUUGUCCCGGUGUCGUCACACACAGUGCUUUGUCUGUAUGUACCGUUGCUACCUGAUGUGCUGUAAUGUCGUCGAUGUGUGCGUUGUUGCUAACCAUUGUUGCUUCCAGUGUUUCAUUUUUCGACAUAUUCAACGUACAAUAACAGAUUGGUGUAGUAAGAUUUGGUCGAGAAGAGGCAGAGCGUGUGUGUGUGUGUGUGUGUGUUGGUGUAUGUGUUUGGCGCUUAGUCAGUAAUUCCACAGUUUUUGCAUUUUAACGAUAGAUUGUCCCGUGUUUGAAUUACGGGACACCCGGGGUUUCUCUAUUUCUCGCGCUCGGGCGAAAUCAACCUUACCAAUUGGGCACACGGCAGCGCAGUCGAUGCUGUGAAGUACACACACACACUCACACAUAAUUCUUCAUUCAUUUAAAGGAACGUACACCGAAGAAGUGAAACAGCAUUCAAACAUAGAGUCAGUAACAAUUGGAAGUGUAAGAAGACUAACUAUAUAAACAAUUAGCUUCUUACAAGCUUCAUCCUAACACUUUCUCUAUCUCUCUCUCUCUCUCUCUCUUUCUCGAAAACAAAAAGCGAACAAUCCAACCACAACCGAAUAAGUUUCAAAAGCUCGAAUGAAAGACAUCUUAUUAAUAAUCUAAAGAGAAAUAGACUAAAAAAAAAAAUCACAGAACUAAAGAUAACAUUAAACUUGGAGUACGUCCCAAACUAAACGAAAUAAAAACAAGAAAACAACUCGCUCUAACUAAACAAAAGUACAUGCUCGCAUACUGAAUGAAAAAGAGAACAAUUGCAAAACAAACAAAUAAUAAUGAAGAGGAAAAAAGAAAUAAAUGAAUUAUUACAAA